AUGCACCUGUGGGGCCAACCACCAAACUUCAGCUCACGCCGGGACGUGCGCUGGGGUGUGGCGCUAGUGACCAGCCGUGAGAUGGCGGCACCAGAGACAUUACGGGUGGCCGCCAACGUGCUGCGCCUCAAAGGCCGCACGCUGCUGGUGCCAGCGCUGGCCACCACAGUGCUGCUCGUGAUGCUGGUGGUGGACGUGCGUUCGCCGGCGACAGUACGCGACAGGACGUUCGCACACGAGACGGUGACUCGGGCGCCCGGUAACCGGCUGGUCGACCGGGACCUGUUCGCGUCGAACGCGGCGGCGCGUCCGCUGCUGGGCCUGAAACUGAGCGGGUCCACCAUCGGGCCAGGCCAAAGCGGGCCGCCGGCCGCCUCUUCGUCGGGUGCGGCGGAGUCCCCAGCGCCCGGGCCGGCAGCGGAGCCUAGCUCGGCGACGGCCCAGUACCAGCUGCCGGGCUGCGCGUGCCGGCGCUCCUACGACCCGGCGGCGGUGCGCCGGCUCAACGGCACACGCUCCAGCUGCGGCGGCUUCGCCGACCUGCGUGGCCCGGGACAGAACGUCAUCUCGUUCAGCUUUUACGGCAACGCGUCAAGCGUGUUCUUCGGCGGGAUUGAGGCGAACCUGCGCGAGGUGCCGAGCGUCUACCCCGGCUGGGUGGUGCGCGUGUACCACGACAUCGACCUCAGCCAGCCGGGCCAGAGCCAGCUCGUCUGCCGCGUGGCAUGUCGCUACGACAACGUGGACUUCUGCGACGUGCGCAACCUGCCCGGCCUCGGGGAUCUCAGUAAAAAGUUCGGCAUGAUCUGGCGGUUCAUGCCGCUGGCCGACGACACCGUGGAGCGCUUCAUCGUCCGCGACCUCGACUCGCUCAUCGGAUCGCGUGAGCGGGCGGCGGUGGACGAGUGGAUCGCCUCCAACAAGACGUUUCACGCCAUGCGGGACGCGCCUGCGCACGGCACCGAGAUCCUAGGCGGCAUGUGGGGCGGCUGGAACAGGCACAACGACAUCUACCGGCGCGUCCGCCAGCGCAUCAUCAACUCCACCCAGUGGAAGUUCAAGGGUCUGGACCAGCGCGUGCUGACGGUGGUCCUCUGGCCUCAUAUCGUCAAGCAUCGCGACCUCAUCGCGCACGACAGCUACCUCUGCUGGUACUACCCCAUGUCCAAGCCGUUCCCCACGCAGCGCAAGAGCCCGCACGACUUCGUCGGUUCUCCCAGCCUGAUAGACAAGGGGUUUCGCCUGAAGACGCACUGCUCCUAUUUCUGCCGACCACGGGACCACAAGGACUGGGUCUGGUGCUGACGACGGGCUCGAGCCGUGCUGUUCUGGUGCUAAUCUGGUGCUGAUUUGUGCCGAUCUAGUGCUGAUCUGACGCUGAUCUGGUGCUUAUUUGGUGCCGGUUGGUGCUGAUCUGAUCAGUGCUGGUCUCAUGCUCAUCUGAUGCUAAUGUGGUGCUUCGCUGAGCUGGCUUCGCUCCAGUGCUAAUCUGAUGCCGAUAUGGCGCAAUAGGGUGCUUCUUGAUUUACCAUGAGACCGGACCAUGCAGCAUGUAGCAUCGCGGGGAUAGCUCCGAGUUGGGUGGACAUCACCAAAUGAAAUGAAGCCCUGCAACAAUGACGACGUCUUCUAAAAUAAUGUGGAGAGCUUCAGAGGUUUGGCCUCCUUGGCGGCCAUUUUACCCUUGCCCCAUGGCUUGCCCAGUACGCAACACCCAUGGUUAGCACGGCGUUUUUAAAGUCUUUCUUCCAACUCGAUUUGGGAAGAGUCCAACCCUAGUUCCAGAUCAGCCCCAGAUCAGCAAAAUAUUUGCGCCAAAGCAGCGAAAAACCUGCGCCAGAUCAGCAACAGAUCAGCGCCAGAUCAGCAACAGAUCGGCGCCAGGAACCAAUCAAUCAGCUUCUGCUGAUCGGGCGGUGACCAGAUCGGCAGCGAUGUGUCGCGGGCCAGCGAGAGUCCAGCGCCGCCGGCGGGGCAGUGCCAGCGAGAGUCCAGCGCCGCCGGCGGGGCAGCGCGGCAGCGGACUAAGCUGGGAACGGUUGACGAGCCUGCGGAGACCACUGUGAUAGCGAUGCGAACACCGCUCACCGUAACACCGAUGCGAACACCGCUCUGCUGCUCUGCUGCUGCUGAACACCGCUCUGCUGCUGCCACACCCGAAGUCCAGCGGCCGCUGCUGGGCGCGUCACAGGACAAGUCGCGGGGCCGUGUGUGUCGCAUGUCAGAGAACGUCACGUGACACCGUGUGCACACAGUGUGACGGUGCUGGCAGCUUACGUCACUGACGUCACCAUGCCCUUUGACCGUGUGUUUUUCAUUCUUAGCACAUCAUGUGGCGUGGAUUGUGUGGCGGUGAUCACGCUUAAACCACAGAGCAGGAUGCUGUUGUGGCUGGGAUGGCUGUGGCCCAAGUAUUCGUAACAUUUUGGAGAACACACUGCUAUUAUUGUGCGAUGUUACCGCGAGUGCUACCGCAGGCUGAGCAGGGGGCCCCGCUGCUCAAGCCGGCUUUGGGAAUAGCUGGCUGAAAAUAGCCGCGCGCCGCUGUGUUGUCAGGUGGGAUAGACAGAACACGCUGGCGGCCUCCUGACCGGUCCCGUCGUGGAUGGCUGCUGGCGGCUGUUUUGCAGUUUGUUCUGGCGAGUUCACCGAUGAGUGCUGCAAUUCGUUUACAAGCUACACUGGGCAGUGUCUUGCACCCGCACAGGGUGUGAUUUGUUGUGGGCGAUGAUACGGUAAUAUGCAAGCCUA